UAUCUAUUUAGAUAUUAGAAUUUAGACACAGUUGCUGAUGUGAAUUUCCCUAGAUCCGAUUGAAAACGAACUAAUUCGUGUCUUAUUGUUCUGAGAUUUUCAUUUUUCACAAAAGAAACUUUUCGCUUGGUCAUUUAGCCAAUAGCAAUUACUAUUUAUUUUAGCUAUUGAUUAUUUAUCGUUUUUAUUACAAUCAGUAUUUGUAUUACCGUGAAACCAAUAACAUUGUUUUUAGUUUUGAAUAAACAUGGCACCAUCGGCUGCAGUGAGCAAGAGAGAUGACGGCCCGUCGACAUCCGAUGAUUUUGAUUUAGAGAAGACGGCCGAAGAGGCGAAAUCUUUGAUUGAGAAAAUCGUCAGAGAUGUUGGCAAAAAGUCUGCAACCAGACAAUUGAUUUUUGGUUCGGCGUCUGGAUGGGCAACUGGCUUUAUAAUGAUGAAAUUGGGUAAAGCUGCUGCAUUCACUGUCGGAAGUGGUAUAUUAGCGCUUCAACUGGCCAAUUCGAGCGGUUAUAUAAAUAUUAAUUGGGAUAAAUUGACCAGAGGUGUAGAGAGAGUGGCUGAACAAGUCGAAGGGAGUACAAGUGACAAAAAGCAAGGAUUAUUGAAGAAGGUCAGAAACAUUGUAGAGACCAACUCCAUUAUGGCUGCUGGAUUUACGGGUGGUUUCUUCCUUGGUGUCGCCUACUCAUAAACAGAUUUUCUAUGCGCAGCAUUUAAGAAUUUUUUACACAACAUUUUAACUAUCACAAGCUUAUAUUUAAAUAUUGUAACUUUAAUAAAAUAAUAACAACUAUAAGUACAAGAAGUUAAUAAAUAUAUAGUAAUCAUUAGAACUUUUUUAAUUGGACAUAAACCAUCAAUUAAUUAUUUUUUAAUUUUUGUAUGACAUUUCCUGAUUUAUGGACCGAUUUCAGGUGGGGCGCUUUGUCGACAAGAAACUUGACAAGGCUGAGGAUUUAUUAAGGAAGAAAGAACGCAAAGCUAAACGUUGGUUUAACCGUAUAUCUGGUGAUGAGGAUGAGUUUGUUUUUGAAGAGAUUCAUGUAUUCUUAGCAUCUUAUUUAAUUGGCCUUUUUCUUGGAAUUUCUUGUGGCAUAGUAGCUCGCUGAAACGGUCAUUGAACAAUACAUUUUCUUGAACAUAUUAAAAAUAAAUCAUUUCAUUUUAUAUUAUUGUUUGGAUGUAUAUAGCAAAGCACUACUAAUAAUAGUUCCAUAUUAAUUUAUUUAAAUAAUUUGUUUAUAAUGAGAACAGGUGUCUGUUUUUUCAUUUAUUUACUAAAUUUACAUAAUUUAUAAUUAUAUUGUAUAAUCAUCAUAUUAUAUUUAGUAAGUAUUACUUUGAUACUAGUCAGUUCAAAAUGAGUUGUUCCAUUCAUUUGUGUAAUGAUGUGAUCAAAUAAAUUAUGAGCUUAGGUUUUAACUGUUUAAUAUCUUAUUUGUUUAUAUUUUAUUUUAAUAAAAUUAAAUUGCCUU